CUGACUGCUGGUUGACAGGCAGCUCCACACUUGCCUCUAACCGGAAGUUGUUAGUGUCUGGAGGUGAGCUCUGCCGGGAGAUGCUGCCGUCAUAAACAGACAGAUGAGAAACACAGAACAGCCUCACUGAACCGGCCCUGACGGGGACAGUAUUCAGCUUGAACUAGUAUGGAUGUGGAUGACUGCAAUGGCCGGUCUUGCAUAUCAGCUAGCGGAGACUCUUCCAUGGAAAGAGAGUUUUCGGGGGCCCUUGGGGGUCCAACAGUGAGCACCCCAAACAGCAAGGAGACCUCUCCUAGUCGCUCCCUCAGUGCCAACUCCAUUAAAGUGGAGCUGUACAGCGAUGAAGACCAAGGUCGCAGUACUGAAGAUGAAAGAGGGGAGCGGGUAGAGGAAGGAGGUCCAGAGCAGGGAUCUGAGGCUGUCGGGGGCUACAGGGAGCUCACCAGUCCUGAAGCCAUGCAAGCUGGAGGCACCAGACUGCCAAACGGAAAGCUCAAGUGUGACAUCUGUGGGAUGAUCUGCAUUGGGCCUAAUGUUCUCAUGGUGCACAAACGCAGCCAUACAGGUGAGCGGCCAUUCCAGUGUAACCAGUGUGGUGCCUCCUUCACUCAAAAGGGUAACCUGCUCCGCCACAUCAAGCUGCACUCAGGGGAGAAGCCCUUUAAAUGUCCCUUUUGCAGCUAUGCCUGUCGAAGACGAGAUGCGCUCACUGGCCACCUUCGCACUCAUGCAGUGUCCUCUCCAACUGUAGGGAAGCCAUAUAAGUGCAGUUAUUGCGGCCGUAGUUACAAGCAGCAGAGCACCCUGGAGGAGCACCGUGAGCGUUGCCACAGCUACUUACAGAGUCUGGAGUCACAGCAGCCCUCCUGUGCACAGAAUCCAGGAGAGGAGAUGAGAGAGCUAGAGUUUAUACCAGACUCUCUACUACAACCCUCCUCAGACAAGAUGGCAUUUAUCGAUCGGCUCGCCAACAGCAUCACCAAACGCAAGAGAUCCACACCACAAAAAUUUGUAGGACAGAAGCACAUACGCCUCAACUUGGCAGAUGCACCUUAUGAGCUCAGCGCUGGUUUGGAUAAAGACGGCGAGAUGCACGCAGGGGACCUUGAUGCCCCGCACUUUACUGGUCUUGGAGGAGAAUACGCAGGUGUAGCAGGUAAUGGAGGAGGAGGGCUGUCCGACACACUGAGGCCGCUGCACCUUCCCACCACUCACCCUUCAUGUUUAUCAGAACUCAGGCCGAUCCACGGCUCCAUUCACGACUCUGUCGCUCUAGGCCCGAGGCUGGAUUGCACAGGGACUGGAGCUGGGCUGGGGGUUGCGGGUGUCGGGGGGAGGGAGGCAGCAGAGGGUCACGAGGACCUGCCUGCGGGUCGAAGUCACGCACCCUCGCCUAGCAACGGUUGCCAGGACUCUACGGACACGGAGAGCAUGCCAGAUGAGCCUUGCAACAGCACCGCUCCGACUCUGACCCUGCACAGCAACAACGGCCAUCAUCUUCAACACUCACACAACCACCACCCAGCGCCUGCUCCCAUUGCACACCACAGGAGUCGGGACAGACGCAGUCCCAGCCACGCCAAAGACAGGGAGGUGGAAAGAGAGGACGGAGGCCACUCAUCCCACCCACCUCCUGCCCUCGCGCCAACUCCAAGCUCACCUACAGCGCCCUCCUCCACUUCUAGGGAGGCGUUCCGGGUUGUAGACGGGGAGGGGCGCGCCGUGCGCUCUUUCCGUUGCAGGCACUGCCGUGUGCUUUUCCUGGACCACGUCAUGUUUACCAUCCACAUGGGCUGCCACGGUUUCCGCCAGCCUUUUGAGUGUAACAUCUGUGGUCACCGCAGCCAGGACCGCUAUGAAUUUUCUUCACACAUCGUCCGCGGGGAGCACAUCCUUGACUGAGGAUAAAGGGUGGCCAACCUGCUUCACCUAGAGCUAUUUUUACACUGAGACGAGGACCUGGCUGGGUUUGGUCUGCACACGAGUUAAAGGAGACACUGAUGACAUGAAUAUUUCAAACUGGUACAGUUGGCAUGUACCAGCAUUAAUGGAAAGCUCAUAUGUGUUUUCUAAAGUUAUAAAAGUGAUCCUUGUUAUUUUGAAUGCACUUUGAACAAUGAAUCAAUUUAAAAUGCACUUUUAAUCCAAUGUAUUCUAAAGUAGAUGAAGAGCCAAUGCACUUUUUCAUCCGCAGAUGUGCCUUGCUCCGAAAUUCAGGUUCAAACCUGACGCACAAAUUACUGCAGACAAAUCUGACUUUGGUCCACAAGCUCAAAACUGUCCCUUUUUGUGCACUUUAACAGAGAUAACAUAUUAAAGCUUAAUGUGAAGUUUAUAGGCUCACCUACAAUGGAAUCUGCAGAAAUUUUAAUGCCUUGUUCUAAAAGCACUUAUUCAAUGAAAUGAUUCCCUAACUACUAGUUACGUUCUGCAAAGUUUUUUUUGAUUCUGUGAUAGAUUGCUUUUUAUAAUGAGGAGUGAAGUGCAGACCAAACUCAAAAACCAGAUCCAAGUCGAAUAGAUGUGCUUGAGGGGUUGUCCGUGAAUUAGAAAUGCACUUUUGUUUUUAACAGGGGGGACAGAUCUGAGUGUGUGUGUGUGUGUGUGCGUGUGUGUGUGUGUGUGUGUGUGAGAGAGAGAGAGGGAGAACAUGACAGACCCUGUGUUUUAUGGAAGUAAAUUGAAUAAGUUAAGUUGAACAUGAAGGCCUUUGUGUGAAUGCCGUGUGGCGCGGUGUAUGAAAUGUUUGUUUUUUCUUUUCUAUGACUGCUUUUGUUGCACUGAUACCUGCCAGAAUACUAUGAUUAUAUUAAACUAUUUUAUGGAAUACA